GAAAAGGUGGCUCUGAUGUACGGACGCCUAUUUAUUGUAUUUAUCACAACGGGUGUUUCCUACGAGCGCCGCAGCGAGUCGCCGGCUUCUGGAUCAUUCGAAAAUGGCAGCGACUAGGCGGCUGGUAAAAGAACUUCAGGACAUCAGGACCUCGGGAACAAAAUGCUUUCGGGACAUCCAAGUGGAUGAGAAAAACAUGCUCACAUGGCAGGGAUUGAUUGUACCUGACAACAGCCCGUACAACAAGGGGGCCUUUCGGAUAGAGAUCAACUUCCCAGCCGAGUACCCAUUCAAGCCGCCCAAAAUCACUUUUCGCACAAAGAUCUACCACCCCAACAUUGACGAGAAGGGCCAGGUGUGCCUGCCCAUCAUCAGCGCCGACAACUGGAAGCCGGCCACCAAGACGGACCAAGUUAUCCAAGCCCUGAUUGCACUAGUCAACGACCCAGAGCCAGAGCACCCACUGCGUGCCGACCUUGCCGAGGAGUACAGCAAAGACCGGAAGAAGUUCCUGAAAAAUGCCGAGGAAUUCACCAAGAAGCACUCCGAGAAGCGGCCGCCCGACUAAGCUCCUAGCUGCCUAGCCGCCACUCGGGACGUGCUGCUCACGGGCAACAAAAGUGAAAGGGAAGGCAGAAGCAGAAGAAAAAAGCAUGGGUCUUUCAAAUUCUUGAGCCCGCCUUCAUUUCAGGUGUACUUGUUUUCUUCUCUCUCUGAAAGUCCUUUUUUUUUUUUUCUUUGUAUGCGUGCCUACACGAGGAAAGUGUGCGAAUGCUUGUUUUCAAAAAAAGUGGGCCACUCUAGUGUGGCUUUUUUUAUUUUUACCGGCUGCGACGCUGUAUGAAAUGUGGGUUUUUCCCCUUGUUUCCCGAGAUGUCAUACUUACUAGUGCGCGGUAGGAUGCUGCCCAUUUUAGCAUCGAUGUUCUUUCGCUUCUUGCUCCGUGCAGCAGCAAGUUUGCUAUGAUGUUAUGCUUUAGCGCUAGCUUGCCACUCUUGCUGUUUCACGCGUUUCUUGUUAAACAGUGCUGUAGGACGCAUCGAGAGGGUGAUUAUUUGUUCACGGUAUUGUUUUAAGUUUUUCUUCUUUUUUUCUUUCUUGCGCGAGACAGCAGACAUUGGUCAUCGCUCGAUUCUACCUUUCUUCCGAACAGUGUUGUACGCGAAAGGUGCGCACGUCUAGGCGCUUUCUGGCAUUCAUUUCUUUUGGGGAGGCCAAAGAAAAUUGUUGUUGGAUUCUGUCUGUGUGCUCUUUGUUGUCAAUCUCGUCACGCCGUUCGUGCUGCAUUCGCACCCGAGAGGUGGGAGAAAACGUUAACACGUUCACUGAUGCGGUGCUUGCCUUUUGUGAUACCCGAGCACGUAGCUGGCUCGUGGUGCAGCGCACGGUUCGCCUUAAAACCCAUGGAAACAAACACAUGCACAAUGGCACGGUUAGCAGUGUGUCGGAACGUAACAGGGAGAACACCGAUAGAAAGAAAAAACUUUAGCCUGUGUUUCCUUAAUCUACGACACCGCCCAAACACUUAGUGUUACCUAGCCCCCACCCCCCUUAUAAGGACAUUUUCAUGUAGUAGGUGGCUCAGUUCUUUUUUUUUUUUAUUACUGUAUGUUGUGAUAAUUUAGACCUUUCUUGUAUUUCACGUGGCGUUUAUGAUUACUCUGAGCUUACUUUUUUUUUGUUUAUAUAAUUGUGCGAUAGUGCGGAGUAUGAGAAUCACAAAUAAAUCUUGAUUGAUUUGUUUUA